UUGGUCAGCGUAUGCUAGUAAACAAUAGUAGUUUGAUGUUAUACACAUUCCUUCCAGGAAACUGACCUCAACGUCUCUUCCAUGGCACAUUAAGGAAACAAGAGAGAAAGAAGACGAUAUAUCCUCGUUGUGGCACACAGAGGGUUAAAGAUCAACAAGCUGCCCUUGAUUAAUAACUGGGAAUAAUUAUAACAAGUAGAAAGCUUACGUCUACAUAUAUCAAUCAUAUACAACUAUGGCUUCCUCUUCUUCUCCCACUACUCCAUCUUUGAAGCACGAUGUGUUUCUCAGUUUUAGAGGCGCAGACACCCGCAAAGGUUUUACCAGUCAUCUUUAUCAUGCUUUGCAGCGAAACCAAAUUAAUGCUUACAUCGAUAAUAAACUUGAUGGAGGAGAAAAGAUCGAGCAUGCCCUCUUGGAAAGGAUUGAAGAGUCGUUUAUUUCGCUAGUCAUUUUCUCUGAAAAUUAUGCAGAUUCUACUUUCUGUUUGAGGGAACUCUCCAAGAUUCUUGAGUGCAUGGAGACCAAACAACAGAUGGUCUUACCAGUAUUUUACCUACUUGAUCCAAGCCAUGUUCAAAAUCUGACUGGGAGCUAUGGAGAUGCACUUUGCAAGCAUGAAAGAGAUUGCAGUUCUGAAGAAGUACAGAGUUGGAGACAUGCUUUGAAAGAAAUAGCUAAUCUCAAGGGCUGGGAUUCAAACAACAUUGAGGAUGAGACCGAGCUAAUUCAGAAAAUCGUUACGGACAUUCAAAAGAAAAUGAGCCAUGCGCCCUCACCCUCAAUCGAUGCAGAACGCCUUGUUGGAAUGGAAUCACGCGUUGAAGACAUCGAAUCAUUACUAUCAUUUGGAUCAACCGGUGUGCUCAUUGUGGGAAUCUGGGGGAUGGGUGGUAUAGGUAAGUCAACAACGGCUGAAGCUGUGUAUCAUCAAAACUGUAGUAAAUUUGAAGGCCAUUGCUUUUUCCCAAAUGUUAAGGAAGAAUCACAGAAGCAUGGAAUAGAUCAUGUAAGACAGGAAAUUCUUCGUGAAGUAUUAGAGAAGAAAGAUAUGACUAUACGCACAAAAGUGUUACCCCCGGCCAUUAAGCAAGUGCUUCAAAGAAAAAAAGUUCUCAUAGUUCUUGAUGAUGUCAAUGAUCCGCAAGUUUUAAAAUAUUUAGUAGGAGAGGAUGGUUUGUUUGGCCAAGGAAGUAGAAUCAUUGUGACAAGUAGAGAUAGGCAAGUGCUUAUAAAUGCAUGUGAUGAAGACAAAAUUUACGAGGUUAAAAUUUUAGAUGAAGACGAUGCACUUCGACUCUUCAGCUUACAUGCUUUUAAACAAGAUCGUCCCAUAGAAGGAUAUACUGGGCUAUCAAAAACUGUGGUAAGCUGUGUUAAGGGCAUUCCAUUAGUUCUCGAGGUUUUAGGUAGCAGUCUAUACAAAAAGACUGGUGUUGAAUACUGGGAAAGCAAGGUGGCACAGCUAAGAACAAAUGGUGGCGAGGAAGUUGAGAAAUGUUUGGAAUUGUGUUAUCAGGAAUUACGCGACACAGAAAAGAAAAUAUUUCUUGACAUAGCAUGUUUCUUUGGACGGUGCAAAAGGGAUCACCUCCAACAAACACUAGAUCUGGAAGAAAGAAGUGGGAUAGAUCGUCUCAUUGAUAUGUGUCUCAUAAAAAUUGUUCAAAACAAGAUCUGGAUGCAUGAUGUGCUAGUAAAACUAGGGAAAAAAAUUGUCCACCAAGAAAACGUUGACCCUAGAGAACGUAGCAGGUUGUGGGAGGCUGAUGAUAUCUAUCGUGUAUUAACAACUAAGAGGACUGGAUCAAAAGUGGAAAGCAUUUCCCUCAACUUGCUUGCAACUAAAGAAUUAAGUCCUGCAGCAUUUGAAGGGAUGUAUAAUUUAAGAUUGCUCAAAAUCGACAACCCACCUUUCUUAAAGAAUCCCUCAAAGGAGCAAAUUAUGAAUGGAAAGAGGGUCGGAAUCCACCUUCCAGGAGGGCUUCACUUUCUUUCAAGUGAGCUAAGGUUUCUCUACUGGUAUAAUUACCCUUUGAAAUCCAUGCCAUCAAAUUUUUUCGCUGAGAAACUUGUUCAACUUGAAAUGCCUUGUAGCCAGCUUGAACAACUUUGGAAUGAAUACCAGCCACUAGAGCUUCCCAGACUCGAGAGUUUCUGUACUUUGCCAUCAUCAAUUGGGUGCCUCUCUCAACUUGUUAGAUUAAACUUAUCUUCAUGUGAAAGUCUUGCUAGUCUACCGGACAACAUUGAUGAGUUAAAAUCUCUUGUAGAGCUUGAUCUUUAUUCUUGCUCAAAACUAGCAAGUCUUCCAAAUAGCAUUUGCAAGUUGAAAUGUCUUGCUAAGCUUAAUCUUGGUCGUCUGCCAAAACUAGCAAGUCUACCAGACAACAUUGGCGAGUUGAAAUCUCUUGUAGAGCUUAGGCUUUCUUCUUGCUCAAAACUAGCUAGUCUACCGGACAGCAUUGGCGAGUUGAGAUCUCUUGAAUCGCUUGAUCUUCAUGGUUGCUCAAAACUAGCUAGUCUCCCAAACAACAUUGGGAAGUUGAGAUCUCUUAAAUGGCUUGAUCUUCAUGGUUGCUCACAACUAGCAAGUCUACCUGACAGCAUUGGCGCGUUGAAAUCUCUCGAAUCGCUUGGUCUUCAUGGUUGCUCAGGACUAGCAAGUCUACCUGACAGCAUUGGCGCGUUGAAAUCUCUCGAAUCGCUUGGUCUUUCUGGUUGCUCAGGACUAGCAAGUCUACCUGACAGCAUUGGCGCGUUGAAAUCUCUCGAAUCGCUUGGUCUUUCUGGUUGCUCAGGACUAGCAAGUCUACCUGACAGCAUUGGCGCGUUGAAAUCUCUCGAAUCGCUUGGUCUUUCUGGUUGCUCUGGACUAGCAAGUCUACCGGACACCAUUGGCGCGUUGGAAUCUUUGGAAUCACUUCAUCUUAAGGGUUGCUCAGGACUAGCAAGUCUACCGGACAGCAUUGGUGCGUUGGAAUCUUUGGAAUCACUUCAUCUUAAGGGUUGCUCAGAACUAGCAAGUCUACCGGACAGCAUUGGCGCGUUGAAAUCUCUCAAAUCGCUUCAUCUUAAGGGUUGCUCAGGACUAGUAAGUCUACCGGAUAGCAUUGGCGCGUUGGAAUCUCUUGAAUCACUCACUCUUCGUGGUUGCUCAGGACUAGCAAGUCUACCGGACAGCAUUGGCGCGUUGAAAUCUCUCAAAUCCCUUGAACUUAGUGAUUGCUCAGGACUAGCAAGUCUACCGGACAGCAUUGGCGCGUUGGAAUCUCUCAAAUCACUUACUCUUUGUAGUUUCUCAGGACUAGCAAGUCUACCAGACAACAUUGGCGCGUUGAAAAUUUUGAAAGUGCUUUAUAAGGGUUGCUCAGGACUAGCAAGUCUACCAGACAACAUUGGCGCGUUGAAAUCUCUUGAAUCACUCACUCUUUGUGGUUGCUCAGGACUAGCAAGUCUACCGGACAGCAUUGGCGCGUUGGAAUCUCUUCAAUGCCUUGAACUUAGUGAUUGCUCAGGACUAGCAAGUCUACCGGACAACAUUGGCGCGUUAAAAUCUCUUCAAUGCCUUGAACUUAGUGAUUGCUCAGGACUAGCAAGUCUACCAGACAAAAUUGACGAGUUGAAAUCUCUUAAAUCGCUUUAUCUUAGUGGUUGCUCAAGACUAACAAGUCUACCAGACAACAUUUACGAGUUGAAAUCUCUUGAAUGCCUUGAUCUUAGUGGUUGCUCAGAACUAAAAAGUCUACCGGAAAGCAUUGGCGAGUUGAAACAUCUUACUACGCUCGAUCUUAGUGGUUGCUUAAAACUAGCAUGUCUUCUAGACAACAUCAUUGAUCUUGAAUUUAAAGGACCUGACAAACAGCGUUGUUAUAUGCUGAGUGGAUUCCAGAAAGUAGAAGAAAUUGCAUCAUCCACCUAUAAAUUGGGCUGCCAUGAAUUUUUAAAUUUGGGAAAUUCUCGUGUGUUAAAAACUCCAGAGAGAUUAGGCUCUUUGGUGUCGCUAACACAAUUAAGAUUAUCUCAGAUUGAUUUUGAGAGGAUACCUGCAAGCAUCAAGCAACUUACUAAGCUAAGUAAACUCUAUUUAGUUGAUUGCAAGCGGCUUCAAUGUUUACCAGAGCUUCCAUCAACUCUAGAAGUUUUAAUCGCAUCAGGUUGCAUCUCUCUAAAAUAUGUAGCAACUAUAUUCAUGCAAGGUGAUAAAGAAUAUGUUUCUCAGGAAUUCAAUUUCUAUGAAUGCCUCCAACUGGAUCAGAAUUCACGCACUAGAAUUAUGCGUGCUGCCCAUUUACGAAUUCGAAGCAUGGCAACACUAUCGCGUUAUCAGUUGUGUAUUCCUGGGUCGGAAGUCCCGGAGUGGUUCAGUUAUAAAAAUAGAGAAGGAUCUUCAGUAAAAGUCCGGCAAGCAGCUCAUUGGCAUGGUCGCUUCACUUUAUGCGCUGUUGUUUCAUUUGGCCAAAGCGGGGAAAGGUGUCCUGUUAAUAUUAUAUGUGAAUACCAUUUGAUAACCAAAGAUGGAACCCAGAUUGAUCUCAGUUCCUACUGCUACGGCGAAUAUGAAAGAAAGGCGAGUAGUACUAUAUGGAAAAGGGAGCAUGUGUUCAUUUGGAGUGUCUACAUCCAUUGCUUUUUCAAGGAGGCCUCGUUUCAUUUCAAACCACUGUCGGGAGCUACUGAUGUGGUGGUUGCGUGUGGAGUCCAUCCACUGUUAAAGUAGGAGCAACCUCACGCUAAAAUGGACAAACUUGUGACAUUGGAGAAACUAUUAAUUCGGAGGAGGAGAGCGUAUCUAAUAGAAUUCGACAAGUUUCCCCAUCUCAGGGUCCAACACUGCCCAUUUUGCAGAAAAUUAUCAAUUUAAGUGAUAAAAUUCAG